AAUAGCUGUGAAUAUAUUAAAUCUUUUAACUAAUUACAAUUUAUUUGAAAAUUAACAUUUCCCGAAAAUCCCGAAGAUGACUGUGAGAGGGAUAUGCCCGAUAUUCCACGCCACAGUAGUGGAAGACUGGCGAGGAUAAAAUCGUAAUCCCAUCAUUACGAUUUUACUUACUGACAGUUUUUCCCUAAAAAGGAUCUACCGCAAUUACUAAAGAUGGGUAAAAAAACAAACCACACCGUCCCACUAAGAGGGUUAAAGGGUAAAAUUACAUGUAUCACGUAAUAAUAAUUUUGACGAAAAGAUAUCACGUAAUUAAAUAUGACGUGGCAUCAUCGCGUCUAGUCACACCUUUUCUUCUUUGGACUCUUCAGCUUCGUCUAUCUCUGUGCACCUAUAUAAUCAACCAAUCUGGCUUUACCGUAAACAGAAGAAAAAUUAUUACUAUAGUCGCCGGAGAAAUGAAUAUUCCGGUUACUUUGACCUCUGUGACCGUUCAUAGUAUCGCUGUUUCGGACACUCGCCAUGUGUUCCGUGAAACUCGUCGCUGUUAAGAAACUCCGUUUCCGUCUCUUAGAUUUAUUUUUUUCCUUCUCUUUGCUUCGUUUCGCCUUCUAGAAAAUUUUGAAUUAAACAGUUUCCCUAAGCUUUGAUUCGUUUCCGAUGAAGAUCCAACCGACUGAAACAGAUAUUCCGGCGAGUAGAGACUCGGCUAAACCAGUGCUCAAGUCUCGCCUCAAGCGUCUCUUAGAUCGACCGUUUACAAAUGUUCUGAGAAGCUCAAACUCAGAUAAACCACUCAUCGAAGCUCAACACGGUCGAGAGCGAGAUGGAGUCGUCUCCGAGUUCGAGCCGAGCUCCGUCGUUUUAGCGAAGAUGGUUCAGAACUACAUGGAGGAGAGCAACGAGAGGCAAGCUAAAAACGGACGCAAUCGCUGCAAUUGUUUCAACGGGAACAACGACGAUAGCUCCGACGAUGAAUUCGAUUUGUUCGGUUGCUCCGUCGAGUCUUUCAACGACGCUUAUGACCAUUUCAAGAGCUUGAUACCAUGCGCGAGCGUCAUGGAGAGGAAUCUAUCAGCUGAUGCCGCGAAGAUUCUGGAGAAGAACAAAUCAGUCAAACGAAAAGAUGAUCUGAGGAAGCUUGUCGUUGAUGGACUCUCAGCUCUUGGUUAUGAUUCCUCAAUCUGUAAAUCGAAAUGGGAUAAAACUCGCUCUAUACCGGCCGGCGAGUACGAGUUCAUCGACGUGAUUGUAAACGGUGAAAGGCUUCUGAUUGAUGUGGAUUUUCGAUCGGAGUUCGAUAUCGCACGGCAGACGAAUGCAUACAAGGCGUUGCUUCAGUCUCUACCGUUCGUUUUCGUCGGGAAGUCUGACCGGAUCAGUCAGAUCGUUUCGAUGGUUUCAGAGGCGGCGAGGCAGAGCUUGAAGAAGAAAGGUAUGCAUUUUCCACCGUGGAGGAAAGCUGAUUACAUGCGAGCUAAGUGGCUGUCUUCGUACACACGAAACUCCGGCGAUAACGCCCCGGAGCCGAUGGUUUCGUCCGCCUUCGUCGCUGAAACGGGGAUAGACUGUUCGGAGAUUGAGCUGAGUUUCGAGGAGAAAUUUUUGGCGUCGGUGAAUUCUCCUUCCUCUCCUCUUAAGUCGGUUGCCGGAAGUGAUGACGUGGCAGAGGCGGUGGAGAGAGAAGCCAAGGUCGUCACGGGAUUAGCUUCACUGUUCAAGGAGAAUCCCUAGAAAAGAUUUUGAAUUUUUCUAAUUUUCCUAAUUUCCUAGUUAAGAAACACGAGUAAAGUUGCCAAAUAAAGAAAAAAAAAAGAAGAAGAAGAGAAAAUCAUAUAAAAAUAUAACAUAGAAUAUCUUUUUUUGUUUCUUUUUGACCUCUUAAAACUCUCUCUUUUCCAUUUUCAAGGGGGGUUAUUACGAGAUAUACAUUUUUACUGAAUUAUGAAUUAUGAAUUAUUAAUUAUGAAUUGUAUUUGUGCUUUAACAGAUAAAAAGCGAUUAUACAUUUACCUAAACAAAUAAUAUAUAUAUUUGUGUGUGCUU